AUGGAAUCCUGGGUUAAUGAUGUCAAAGUUUUAAAUUGCACUGAACUCCAACAAGGUUCAAUCCAAGGUAUGGACUACAAUGGAACACGACAUGGAUCACAGAGAUCUAUAACAAAUCAGAUCUCGUCAUCAAUACCUUCUAUACCUAACAUGCCAAAUGAUGAAUGUGUAAAAGUUUGGAACAUUCUACAAUCAUGGAAUAUGGAAUAUGUAUAUGAAACAUGUAGAGUUGGUGAGUUGGAAGUGCUCACGUAG